AUGGCUGCUCUCAAGUUUCUUUCAUUCCUGAUUCUUCUUUACUGUGUUUAUGGGUCUAACCUACCAGGACUUCAGGCGGUGCCUGGUGGAGGUCAUCAGUUUUCUCUUCCCGUUUCGCGCAAAGCAAAUGCGAACCGAGACUUUGCUCGGGAUUGGAUUGCUGGACGACAGAAAUGGGGCUCUAAGCCCUUCGACAAAGCCUCAUCCACGUUCGCGUUGGGAGAUUCGAAUGGUCAUGUCGACGUUAACCCGAUAGGUAGCGACGAUAUCUUCAUUGCUGAUGUUGAAAUUGGCAAUCCUCCCCAGCUGGUGAAAAUGGCACUCGAUACUGGGUCUUCAGAUGUUUGGAUGCAAUCCUCAGACACCAUCUACCGAGUCAACCAGAACGGACCAUGGCCAUUAAAGUACCGGCCUUCAGAUUCAACAUCUUCCAGGCUUCUCAACAGCACCAUAUGGAAUGUACAAUACCUUGAUGGCACAAAUGCACAUGGUAUUGUGUAUGAAGACACAGUCCGUCUCGCCGGCUUUGAAGUUACCAACGCAACAAUCGAGUCAGCGCAACGAGUGGCAAGCCGGUUCGAAACGGAAGUACAGUUGAGUGGUAUUAUGGGAUUAGCCAAGAGUCUUCCCAACAACAUUAUGCCCCCAAUGCCAUCGUUCCUACAAGAGCUGAAGGAUCACCUGAAAGAGCCAGUUUUCACUGUUGAUCUACAUCGGAAUUCCACUGGCCGCUUCGACUUUGGUAUGAUCAAUCAAUCACUAGCCAUGGAAAACAUCACUUGGCUAGAUUCAGACCCAAGUAGCCCGCAUUGGGAUGUGGAACUAGAUCUAACAUCAUGGACUGGAAAUGGCAAAACAUGGUGGUAUUACCCAUUCAAGGCCACAAUCGACACUGGAACGACUUUGAUGUUCAUGCCUGAUGAGCUUGCUAGCAUGUACUGGUUUGACGUACCGGGCGUCCGCACCGACGGCGGUAUUGGCGGGGCAUUUACAUUCCCAUGUUCUGGCGCCAAGGAUUUACCAGAUCUCAUGUUCAAACUGCCCGGAUCUGAACAUGUUUUAACCAUUCCGGGAGUAUACAUGAACUACGGGCCUGUAUCACCCAGCUCAGACUAUUGUUGGGGAGGUAUGCAGAGUGCACAAGGGCUCGAUGUUACCGUGUUGGGUGACAUUAUGCUCAAAGCCCUCUUCGUGGCCUUUGACCUGGACAAGAACCGCGUAGGGUUCGCAAACAAACACAUUGCUGGUAUUAGGUAAAUACUCGUUCCAAUUUCAACCCUUGGUAAAAUAUGGAUACGUUUUGAGACACCAAAGGCUUGACCUCGAACCAUAUGGCGGCAUUCGUUACUUUGCUAUAAAAGAAACUAGGACCAAUCGAAUUUAAGGAGAAACGCAUUAAUGCUCGCAUUGACAGAUAUGCUGUAAAAGAGUCUAUCGUAAUAAAAUGACAAGACAACGUGUGCAAUGUUGAACAUUAAAAAGCAAUCCUGGGGAACGAGCGUAGCCCUUCUCUUGCCUGCCAGAAACGACUAUCCAAGUACUGGCAGCGGGAAGACCUCGCGAUGUGGUAUGCAGCUAUACUACCCAUUGCAAUACCACGCUCUCUUCUUCCAAUAUUAGUACAAGGUAGUUUAAAAAAAAGUCAAUAAUUUCCAUCUCGGCCUGGCAUCGAGAAGUCGAACAUGGAGCAGCGUAGUUGUAAUUGCUUGCGGUGGUCCACUCGAUCUAGCCCAAUGCAGCAUGGCCAAACUCCAAACAAAAGGAACAGUAAAAGCAUUCGCCUAAUAUGUAAAAAUGAAGGGAUUUGGGAAGUUCGAUUCCCGCACGUCAACAUAGGCUGACGCCUGCAGCUGAAGCAUGUCGAAGGGUUCCGUGCGAGAUGUUUCGAGCCCCAAGUAUUAAAAGUCGUAGGAUGCAGUAAGCCAGUGCUGGUUAAAAAGAAGAAGGCGGAUGAGGCAAAAGGCUAAAAUGAUUGGAUCGUAUGUUGCCAUGCCAUCCGGGUAUACUUGUCGAAAAAUUGGGAAUCAAGGCAUUUACUCUCGGUCGCCGUCUGCGAACAAGGUAUGAUUAGCUAAUGGGCUUCUCUAUCAGUAUGGGAACGCGAUCACCUUCACUAGCUCCGGGUGUAGGGGGCAUAUUGCCCGAGCUUGGAGCAGCGUGCGUGGGACGGGCAGUGCCAGGUCGAGAUUUGUUACCUUGAGCGGGAGCAUCCUUUUCGUCGCCGGUUGGGGGGCGAGGUGGGAGAGAGAUGAAGGCAGCCAGUUCGGGGUGAGCCUUUUGGUUCUUACGGAGACGCUCCUCCAUCUGCUUGAUGCGAGCCUCAAUGGAGGCAAGCUCACGGUUUCCCUGGCCAACAAUUUGGCGCCUAAUGAUGCGCGUUAGCAUAGGAGUUCUAUAGCUUCUUAGAAGGUAAACGGUACACACUUCUCGUCUACUUGGCCAUCAAGAUCGGAGAUGGAGUUUUCGAUGCGGAAGAUAUCACCGAGUUCCUGUGAGAAAGAGCGGGCGAUGGUACUAGAGGCGCAAACAUGUUAGUACAAUGUUCAGUCCAUUCAGCAUUUCUAAGUAUGCGGUUGCAAAAGGUGGUAGCUGGGCUAUAUGGCGAAGCGCAGGUCUGUUCGUCGCAUGGACAAGGUCAAUACUUACGACUGAGGACGUCGGCCGUUGGGGACCCAGUCGCGGUCAAGCUCCUCAUCGGUGUACUGGUGAUGCUGUGUGCUGGACAUUUUGAAGAUUUGGUGGGAGGUGGUUUACGGGUGGCAGGUAGCUUUGGCGGCUAUGUAUGGGGCGGUCGGGAGGAGCGAUGACAAUAUGGCCCGAUCGAGAUUUGGGAAAGGGGGCGUAGGGGUUGACAAAUGAGGCGUUGGCGAAAGAUGAAGAUGAAGCUGUGCGAAGAAGAAAUAGAAAACUGGCAGAUGCAAGAUGAUGAGAAGAAGAAAAGAGAAUGGUAGACGAUGAAGAGGCGGAAGAUGGAGAAAGCUGGCCAGGGGAGUGGACGGGCAGGCGUAGAAGAGGACGGACGGCCAGCUAGUUCGAGGGAAAUUUGGCGGGCCAGCAAAGGGAAAUCAGGUCAGGGGAUGGGGCAGGCACAGAGAGGGGCUUUAUUUGGAGGGUGGGUGGGCAGCGUGUCCAAUGCCGUGUUAUAGCGGGCUGUAAAGGACAGCACAGCGCUGUACUGCACUGUAGGCACGGGCAGCUGGUACGUACAGUACUGUAGUGCUGCCGUAGUGGGGGGCCAUUUAGCGCAGGUCGUAGCGGUGGAGGGAGACCCAAAGAGCGUGAGGGGAAUAAUCAAACGCGAAAAAGGCCGGCCUGGAAUGUGGAAGCCGUUUGUGUCUGAUGAUGUUUCAGGCAGUGAGAGUGAUCUAAUGUGUGCAGCUGCAGCUGCAUUUGCCUUAGACAAGCAAACGCAAUGCAAAUAUAGCAGCCAAAUGAGGGAGCCUGAUAUGUGCAUGAGCUACACACACUGGUGUCUAACUGCCCUUUUUCAGACGCAUGCUCGGAUCCCGUGAUGGUGUUGAGAGCCUGCCAGCUGGCAACUGAACGAACCCCGCGCCCCUACAAAAUACAGCAUCAAAAGACAGCUAUCAUGUGUACUGUACUCCUACCAUUCAAGGAUACACAUGCUCUGUUCUCAUCCUCAGGAGAAUACAAUUUCACAAUGGUCAAAAGAAGCAAAUCACAACUCAUUGUUACACUGAACAAAGGCCGCUUGUUCGGCUCGGAAAAUAAAAAAAAAGUAAAGGGCAUAUAUGCAGCCUUUCUGUCUCCCUUGCAGCAAAACUGCCGACCAGCACCUCCAAUGAAUGGAUCAUGCAAAAAUGCAAUAGCGCCACUUGGGCCCCUCGCUGCCACUGUUACUACGAAGCAUACGAAGCUAGUGGUGCACCAACCACAGAGGCGCUGCGCAGCCUUGUCUUAUGCAGCUGCAUAUCGUGAUAGGGGGAGGGAUGGAUGCGAUGCGAUCGCCGAAAGCCCACAUCUUCUCCCGUCAGCUUUGCAAAGCCAACGGCUUAAGCCAAAAGGAUAAUGACAAAAGCCAAUGCUCACCAAGAUAUCCCUCGGCAUCAGCAUCAGCAUCAGCAGCAGCGACGGUAGUAUUUUGGGCCCCAGUGGAAAACGGCAUUGGGCAAUAUCACCACCAGCAUCACCCUUGUCUUCUCUUAGUCUAGGUUCGUGUUAGCUUGCCUUUCUCCAUACUCUAGCCGCCUCACAGGUCAUCGUUGCCCCUAGCCACCAUUUGAAGAAAGUAAACAGCCCAAGCUUCAUCUUACAAUUCACAAAUAAGGGACCCCUUGGGCUACAGUACAAUACAGUACGAAACGCUGGCCUAGUGCCCCAGGGGCGGCGCUUCUCGAGAUUAAAUAUUGGCUAUUAAUGCUGGCCAAUACCAGCGGCCCUGGUCACCUAUCCAAAAACAGACUAGGUGUAAGUUUGCACUAUUGCUUUUGAUUUUUAGUUUACUUUGUCCGUCCCUUGAAAUACAACCGCCGUGGCCAACCAAUCUAGUUACAUGAUGGCUUUGGUUGCUGCCUUUGCCGCCAAUCUUGGAUCUUGCGCAUAUCCAACCCGCUCCGUCGGUGACUGUCAAUGCUACCGCUGUUUAUCUCGGGCACAUAGGGCGUAAAUGUGCCGCCAUCUGCGAUUGCACAGACCCGUCGCGAAGCUACUAAACUGGGAGCAGUCGUUAGUGCUUUCGCAGACCUUACGGCAGUUGUCAAAGGAUGUACAAACUCCUUGUACAGUUCGCGGAUGGGCACGGGAGUUUCGUACCCUCGCACUCGUUCAAAAUUCAUCCAGCUUAGAUAGCUCCUCGGACGAUACAUGGUGCAUUGUAGCAAUGGGGUGGUACCAUCCGUCGUCUGUGUAUGGAAGCGAGUGCAGCUUCUCGCCGUUGAUCGUCGCCUACCUCCAUCGUAUGCAGAUGAUAACGCAUCACAUAGCCUCUGCGAGAACGUGGUUAUGAGGGCGCAGCCCAAAAAGGUCAUUAUGUAUAUAUUUAAUGUCCUGUGCCCGCAGAAUCACAUAUGACACUUCGUAUCAUGAAUACAUUACAACUCAUCGCGCACAUGUGGCGCCUUUACAACUCCAUCCCACGGGCUCACUUGACCCUCAGAAAUGGCAAAUAUAAAAUUGGCGACUCCCCCUGCGGUAAUCUCUUUCUCUUCAUACGGGAAUACUUCGCCAUUGUGAAGAUUCUGAACUGCCAGGCCGCCCUUUCCCACAAGCCCCAGACUAGUAGGCAUAUGAGGAUACUCGUCCGCAUCAACAGUCACCAGAGUCAGAAACUCGUGGUAUGUUCGCGCUGUUUCACGCAUAUCAUUGACGUAUUGUUCUCGGUCGGUCUCGUCGUGGUGAAAGUAGUAUACCAAAGAUUUUGAACCCUAUCCGCAACUUGUUAGCUCGGUCUCGACCUUUGUCAGAU